AUGGUACAAACCUCAGAUGAUGUGAAACUCGUUCAAUCCGCUGUAAGGAAGAUGUUGCAAUUUAAAAACGAUAUCCUGGGGCUGGACAUCCCGUACACGUUCGCACAGAGAGUGACCAGGGAAAGAAAACAACAAUUUUCCCACUACGAAGAAAAGCGACUGGAAUUGUGGCAAAAUAUAUAUGACUCGGAUACUUUCCCUCUUUUCCAUCUGCGUCGCAUUUGUGGAUUCACUGAACAACUUACUGGUUCAAGGACGAGCACACACGUUAAGAGCGCUGAGAAAAAUCGUGCGGGAACGAGACGCGACGGUGGUCCCGUUUGA